CCGACCUCUCCCCUCCUUCUCGAGACCUCACCUCACCCUCAUACUUUAUUCAACCCCCUCCCCCCACCUUGCUAUAUGGAGUAUAUCCAGCUUCUAGCUUCAUGACCUAGUUCAACCUCCACUGCCCAGGGCGUCUUCGGCUCCCGCGUUGAGACUAGUAGCCUACGGCAUGGGGAGGUCACACCCAUCUUCCCAUGUGGGACCCGUCGCGGGGCCCCUCUCCUGCGUUUCUGCUUCGUCCAGAAACUGUGAGAGGCGGUUGGUGGUUCGGUAUCCAUGAAGGACGAGUGUUCCGUACGGGAUCCACAGAUUCAUACAAGACUGGGUCACGAGAGGGGUAACCACUCGGCACACGACAGGUUCGAGUUCUACAAAGAGAAUACGGCAUUUCGAGUAAGGUUUAAGUCCAGUCGGGUUGGCCUGAUUGUGUCCUGCCAUUUUGUUUCAAAAGCUCCCCUCUUCCAAGUCUGGAGCCCCACCCCAAGAUUUACAUCUGCGAGGCCGAGAAAUACCCACCAACUGUUGGUUUGAAAUCAAACCAGAGCUUUUGUCAAUAAAUUCAGCAGAACGGAGAGAAACAGCAAGAAAAGACAUCGAUCCGAUUGAACCCAAAACGAAAUCAUGACUGGCACGACAGAAACCCCCAUCGAAUUUGAGAAGGACUUCCUCAAUAUUAUCGACGGGAAACCCCGCAAUGGCAAGCAAAUCCACCAAAGCACUAACCCCUCUGAUGGCAAACCUCUGUGGGAUGUGCCAAUUGCCAGCGCUGAGGACCUCGACGAUGCCGUGAAGGCAGCCCAAAAAGCAUUCCAAACCUGGUCGAGAACCAAGUGGGAGGAUAGAGUGGAGAUCAUUAAAAAGAUCGUCGACGAGUUCCAGAAAUAUGAGAAUGAGAUGGCCAAUAUACUCAUGUUGGAGGCAGGAAAGCCUGUAUGUGUAAACCCACGAGCACAUGCGACAAUUGGGUCCAGGAGCUGGCGCGGGGACAAGUAUAUGGAGGACCUAUGGACUGACAUUAACUGUUAUAGUUUCAAUUUGCGAAGAUGGAGAUUGGGUUUGCCGUCGACGGACUGAAGUACUUUAGUGAGGUUGUGAUUGAUCAGACUAAGAGUUGUCACUAAUGAUAGACAGCAACUGAACCCUCUUUCCCGGACGAAGUAACCUCGGAUGACAAGGACGUAAAAAUAAUACACCGAUGGGCACCUCUCGGAGUCGUUGGUGCAAUUUGCCCUUGGAACUUUCCCCUAGCAAUUUCCAUGAACAAGAUUGGCCCUGCUCUUCUUACUGGUUCCUGUAUCAUUAUGAAGCCAUCUCCCUUCACUCCAUACAGUAUUUUGAAAUUUACCGAGAUCGCUCAACGAUUCCUUCCUCCGGGUGUACUGCAGGCUCUCAACGGAGACGACAAGAUGGGCCCUAUGAUGACGGAACAUCCUGGAAUUGCAAAGAUCAGUUUUACCGGUUCGAGCCCCACUGGAAAAAGAGUUAUGGCAUCAUGCGCGAAGACUUUGAAGAGAGUUACAUUGGAGUUGGGAGGAAACAGUGCUGCGAUUAUUUGCCCCGAUGUGGAUGUCAACAAAGUCGCAUUUAGCGUUGCGCUGGGAGCUUUCUUUAACUCCGGACAAUUGUGCGUUGCCAGCAAAAGGCUCUAUGUGCACGAGGAUAUCUACGACGAUAUGCUUAAGGCUCUUACGAAUGUCGUAAAAAGCUGGAAGACCGGAGGCACUCAUGAAGAAGGCGUUAUGUUGGGCCCAGUCCAAAAUUACUUGCAGCAUAAGAUUGUCAAGGACUUUUUCGAAGAUUGCGCUUCAAAUGGCUAUGAAUUCGCUCUUCCUGGAUCAGUAGACGAAGGAAAGGGAUUCGUAAUUCAACCGGCCAUCGUUAACAACCCACCAGAUUCUGCACGAAUCGUUCGUGAAGAGCAAUUUGGUAAGUCAAGAUCUGUUCCCCAAUAUCACGUGCACCACUAAUCGGUGACAGGACCCAUCGUUCCCAUGAUGAAAUGGAAGGACGAGGAUGAUGUGAUUGCUCGUGUCAAUGAUAGCGAUACCGGUCUAGGAGGUGCGGUCUACUCUGCGGAUACUGACUACGCCCAGAAGCUUGGAAAUCGCAUUGAAGCUGGCACCAUCUGGAUCAACAGCAACGAGAAACCGCUCGCCAGUGCAUACUUUUCUGGACAAAAGGAGAGUGGUCUCGGUGGAGAGGGUGGUAGACAUGGACUUUAUGAGUACAUGGUCGCUCAAGUAACUCAUUUGUACAAGAACGAUGUGGCUAAGUCGGCAUGAUCUCAAUAGCAUUUUGAAUACCCCCAACUGAAAAAAACAUAUAAACUAGCUUGUUACCCCAUCCAUAGUAGUGAGCGAAAUAAACGCAGCUUGUAGCGGACAACCGGUUCAACGCAACUUAAUAAUUCGGAUUAUUUCAAAGAAAGAUUGUAUUCGCUGAUCCUAGGGCAGUUAGAGCAAUGGUCCUUGAAGAUUUGAACCUGGGGUAACUUACAACCGAUCUAGGGAAGAGGUACAACGAGAAAAUGGGUUGCUACGAGUCUUUCGUCCACUUCGAGAUUAGCUAUAUAAUUAUACGCAGUUUAAACAUGCAAAAGGCAUGCUCAACAAGAUCUAGUCAUCAUCGUUCCAACAGCUAAACGAUUAGCAGGGAGCUCCACUGGGAAAAGACGACGCUACAUACAUACUGUUGCAAGGCAACCACACCCCAAUACUCUGAUACCACGUCAAUACACUCUACACAAUUCAUAAGACCCCAUCCGUCAAAACCCCAUCAAUCAUCCUCACUACCCCUUCGCUUCCUGUUCCUCUUCCUCAUCCUAGGUCCUUGUUCAUUCCAGUACUCCCCAUCAAGCGUCUCGCCCACCGUAUUCAACCCCUCUACUUCCCUCCUUAAUCCCCGCGGAUGGUUUCCAAACAUGGGGGUUGUGGGGGAGAGGUCUUCGGUCCCUUCUGGUGGUCCUUCGAAUUCUGAGGCGGAGUGGGAUGUGGAUGAUUCUGAGGAGUGUGAGGAGGAUUCUAUGUCGAUGUCUAUGUCGGAUUCUGGGUCUUGGGAGGCGGAUGUGUUGUCUUGGGUUUGUUCGGGGUGGUAGACUUCUUCCGUAUUGGAGUCGGAGUCGAAGUGCGAGUUAGGGGAAAGGAGG